UCCAUCCGCAGAGAAUCGUAGCCCUUUCUCACCAUCCGAGCCAUCCUUAGCUUUGGGUCUUCUAAUUCAUCUUCUCUGAACAUACAAUCUCUCUUCCAAAGACCUCCCUCACUGGCGGUGUUCCUUCUUCUCCAGAGCCAGAGAAACAAACACAACAACCGUCGGUACAAAUCCCUUCUAGAUCUAUCUAGAAACUUCCAUCUCUCUACGCCAUGGCUCAGCCUCUGAUCAAGAAGGACGACGAUCGCGACGACGAAGCGGAUUACUCUCCGUUUUUGGGGAUUGAGAAGGGCGCUGUUCUUCAGGAAGCUAGAGUUUUCAAUGAUCCUCAGCUAGAUGCGAGAAGAUGCUCGCAGGUUAUUACCAAGCUUUUGUAUCUGCUGAAUCAGGGAGAAACCUUUACAAAGAUUGAAGCUACGGAGGUUUUCUUUGCUGUGACAAAGCUUUUCCAGUCGAGAGAUAUAGGAUUAAGGAGGAUGGUUUAUCUAAUGAUAAAGGAGCUCUCCCCUUCUGCAGAUGAGGUUAUUAUCGUGACGAGCUCCCUUAUGAAGGACAUGAAUAGUAAAACUGAUAUGUAUCGGGCGAAUGCCAUUCGUGUUCUCUGUCGGAUUACGGAUGGAACCCUUCUUACUCAAAUCGAGCGAUAUUUGAAACAAGCUAUUGUUGAUAAGAAUCCUGUGGUUGCAAGUGCUGCUUUAGUUAGUGGCAUCCAUUUACUCCAGACAAACCCAGAAAUUGUGAAAAGGUGGAGUAAUGAGGUUCAGGAAGCUGUUCAAUCAAGAGCGGCUCUUGUACAGUUCCAUGCACUGGCCUUGCUCCACCAGAUACGGCAGAAUGAUAGAUUGGCAGUGAGCAAGUUGGUUACUAGCUUGACAAGGGGAACUGUUCGUUCUCCAUUGGCUCAGUGCCUAUUAAUUCGUUAUACUAGUCAGGUUAUCCGAGAGUCAGGUGGCAACACACAAACAGGGGACCGUCCAUUCUAUGAUUAUCUUGAGAGUUGUCUACGCCAUAAGGCGGAGAUGGUUAUCUUUGAAGCUGCCAAAGCAAUUACAGAGCUCAAUGGUGUGACCAACAGGGAGUUAACUCCGGCAAUCACCGUUCUUCAGCUCUUUCUAAGCUCUUCAAAGCCAGUGUUGAGAUUUGCUGCUGUGCGAACUUUGAACAAGGUGGCAAUGACACAUCCAAUGGCUGUCACGAACUGCAACAUCGAUAUAGAGAGUUUAAUAUCUGACCCCAACAGAAGCAUUGCCACUCUUGCAAUUACCACGCUUUUGAAGACAGGGAAUGAAUCAAGUGUGGAUCGCUUGAUGAAGCAGAUUACUAAUUUCAUGUCUGAAAUUGCUGACGAGUUCAAAAUUGUUGUGGUGGAAGCAAUAAGAUCAUUGUGUUUGAAGUUUCCGUUGAAGUACAGAUCUUUAAUGAACUUCCUAAGCAACAUUCUCAGAGAAGAAGGUGGUUUUGAGUACAAAAAGGCAAUUGUUGAUUCAAUUGUUAUCCUCAUCAGUGAUAUCCCUGAUGCAAAAGAAAGUGGAUUGCUUCAUCUAUGUGAGUUCAUUGAAGAUUGUGAAUUCACCUAUCUUUCCACACAGAUUCUUCACUUUUUGGGGAUUGAAGGGCCAAAAACCUCAGAUCCUAGCAAAUAUAUCCGGUAUAUUUAUAAUCGAGUACAUCUUGAGAAUGCAACUGUCCGGGCCGCGGCUGUGAGCACAUUGGCAAAGUUUGGUGCCUUGGUUGAUUCUUUGAAGCCCCGAAUUUUUGUUCUGCUCAGACGGUGUCUUUUUGACUGUGAUGAUGAGGUUCGUGAUAGGGCAACUCUUUAUAUAAAUACACUUGGAGGAGAUGGCGCUGUUGUUGAAACUGGCAAAGAUGUAAAGGACUUCCUCUUUGGAUCUCUGGAUGUCCCACUUGUCAAUCUGGAGACGAGUUUGAAAAACUAUGAGCCUUCAGAAGAGCCCUUUGACAUCAAUUCUGUGCCCAAGGAGAUUAAGUCUCAGCCGCUUGCAGAGAAGAAAGCUCCUGGUAAAAAACAACCUACAGGUGCUCCUCCAAGUGGCCCUCCAUCCCCAGACGACGCAUAUGAGAAGUUGCUUUCCUCUAUUCCAGAGUUUUCAGGCUUCGGGAAACUAUUCAAGUCCUCAGCACCUGUGGAGCUUACAGAGGCAGAAACUGAGUACGCAGUUAAUGCUGUUAAGCAUAUCUUUGACAGCCAUGUUGUAAUCCAGUAUAACUGCACCAAUACAAUCCCAGAGCAAUUGCUGGAAAACGUCACUGUUAUAGUGGAUGCUUCAGAAGCUGAGGAAUUUUCUGAAGUAGCAACCAAGCCUCUUAGAUCUUUUCCCUAUGAUACACCUGGACAGAUUUUUGUGGCAUUUGAGAAGCCCGAAGGAGUCACUGCAGUUGGAAAAUUUUCAAACAUGUUGAGAUUCAUUGUUAAAGAGGUUGAUCUGAGCACAGGUGAGGCAGAGGAAGAUGGUGUAGAAGACGAGUACCAGCUGGAGGACCUUGAGGUUGUUGCUGCUGAUUACAUGUUGAAAGUUCCAGUCUCCAAUUUUAGGAAUGCAUGGGAAAGCAUGGACCCUAAUGGUGAGCGAGUAGACGAAUAUGGCCUUGGCCCAAGGGAGAGCCUGGCUGAAGCUGUGAGUGCCGUGAUCAACCUUCUGGGAAUGCAGCCCUGCGAGGGCACUGAAGUUGUUCCCAACAACUCAAGAUCACACACAGCUUUGCUAUCUGGUGUAUACAUAGGCAAUGUGAAGGUGCUAGUGCGGCUGUCCUUCGGGAUUGAUAGUUCGAAGGAGGUCGCAAUGAAACUAGCCGUCAGAUCUGAGGAUGAGAACAUCAGUGAUGCCAUUCAUGAGGUCGUCGCUAGCGGUUAGUUGGCCGCAAGUGUUUUGUCUGUCUCAGAGGCCUUUUCAUUUUCUCCAUGAGAUAGUUUGCUUAAGACUUACCAACAAUGGAACCUGCCAUUCUGUAGAGAGAUGCACUUCACAAACGCUUAAAAUUUUUAAGGUUUUCAGGGGGUUACUUUGCCAAGGGACCUUUUUUCUUGCUCAUUGUUUACAUGGUAGGGUUCAUCGGAAUGGGAUGUCUUGCCCCCUCCUGUUACCAGUAUUUCCUUUUUUUCUCACUUUAAUUUUUCUUUUUCUUGAUAAGUAAAAUUCAUAUUUUCUCAUUAUAUGUGACAUUGAAUUUUGAGGCAGCGCCUUGAGUUACAAAUUAGUGAAUUGUAGUUUUUGCAAACUAAACUCGGACCUAUACAAUUAAUGUAUUUUUUCUAUAGUUGGUAUUCAA